UUCAGAGCGGUGCUCUACUCAUUGAUCAUGUUCAUUUGGAAGUAUCACGUUGUCAUCCCCUCUCGCUCAGACCCAACUUCUCGGAGAGUUGGAGAGUCGUGAGAGUCGUUCUUGUUUACGUCCGCCAUUUGUACGCAGCUAUUUCCAUUUCGUAUUUUGUUUCAUCAGUGCCCCUUCAAAUUGUUCUUUCCAUAAAUUCCUUCGGGACAGCGAGGAUUAAAACCCGUGUGAAUGCGUUCAUCUCUAUUCUCUUCGAUGAAGACUGUCGGCAUUGCCUUUGUCUAACUCGAGUAACCGGUAUAACGAUUGCGGCAUCUCAGUCUACAUUUAUGUCACACCAGCAAUAAAGUUUCCCUCGUCAAUUCAUCUUGGCAUCCAAGCCAGCUCUUGCACGCACAGUCUUGUGGUUUUACCAGCAUGUCCUCGUCAGAUGAAGAGACGCAAAGACGACCGAAGAGAUAUAAGACUUAUCUGGACCCUACCUCCGAUAAUUUUGGGGUGCCUUCCAGAAGAACUUUACUUCGAAUGGAAAAGGCUGCCACCAACCCGCUACCUGGACCAUUAAAUGUCAGGUCACCAUCACGUGUAUCUCCUGGCCACUCAGCAUCUGGACAUGAUUCUGACCAUGAGAGAUUGCAGCCAUCUUCACCCUCAGAUCCUGAUAACCCCUCUUCCAGUGAUGAUCAGGUAUCUGAUUCUUCAGACUCAGAAAUGAAUGCUAGUGACCUUUCAGACGGAGAGGGAAAUCUUGAACACCUCUUAAUAGAAGAUGAAGAGAUUUUAGAGGUAAACCCACCACCCCAAGCCCCACCAAUUGAUGAAGAAGUUCUAAAACAUAAUGCUUACUCUAAAAAGUAUGGUUUAGAUAAUGUAGUGAUUCCUACAGCACGCUUAACUAGGUUUGAAAUUUUGACGCUCAUCCAACAUUUUAACUUGCGAUUUGGUCUCAGCAAUAGAGGAGUUGUUGGCCUCAUCGAACUUGUAAAUACUCUUUUAGGAACAGAGGUUAUUCCUCCCAGUCAUUACAUUUUCCAAGAAAUUUUUUUAUCCCAAACCGAGAGAACAUUCCACUUCUACUGUCCCAAAUGCUCCCUGUACGUUUCGGCUAAUGAUCCACCCGAAAAUCUUGAGUGUACUGAUUGCCAUGCAGUCAUCAACCCCAAAACGACAGGACCCUCUACCAAUUACUUUGUAAGUCUUUCAUUGGAGAGUCAGUUAAGGAAACAUUUAGAGGAAAAUGGGCCAAAGUACAUUAAUUUUAUCAGAAAUAGACCUCAAAACGCUGAUGUUAUAAGUGAUGUAAUGGAUGGCUUAUUGUACCAAGAUCUACAUCAGGCCAAAUCUAUGUCCGAUGUAGAUUUUACCUUAACUUUUAACACUGAUGGUGCAAAUAUCGCUGAAAGUAAUUCAAAAAAUUCUGUAUGGCCCAUUCAAGUGCGGUUGAAUGAAAUUGAUCCUGUCGAACGAUUCUCCGUCAAUAAUGUAAUUCUUGCAGGAGUUGUCUAUGGCAAAACGCCAAAGAUGACAGCGUACUUAACACCUUUUAUUACAGAAUUAAAAAAACUAGCUCAUCAGGGUGUAACCUGGUUUAAUUCUGAGACGAAUGAGUUUGUCACCUCCAAAAUAUAUCUUUUAUUAACAUCGUUAGACACUCCUGCAAAAGCAAAAGUUUUGCGAAUGGUUCAGUUUAAUGGGAAGGACGGUUGUUAUUUGUGUAAACAUCCAGGCAACCUUGUUAACCGGAAUCAAGUACGAUAUGGAACUGCAGAUCAUUGUGAGGAAAAGACGAAUGAGAGUGUCAGAGCAGACAUGAUGGCUGCACUGCAAACGGGAGCUCAUGUUAAUGGUCAAAAAGGAGCAUCCCCGCUGAUAGCUUUGAAAUAUUUUUCCUUCCCUUUUGCUGUGGUGAUUGAUAUCAUGCACUCCCAUUUUUUGGGAGUUUCCAAGACCCUGAUAUCAAAAAUAUGGAUGAACUCCCAAAAAUAUAAACAUCAAGACUUUUACUUAACCCCUGAGAAGAUCCAAGAAUUAGAUGCGCGGAUCAUGAAAAUGACCCCACCAUCAGAAAUUUCUAGAGAGCCACGUUCAAUAACCCAGCAUUCCGAUUGGAAGGCAAGUGAAUGGCGGAAUUGGUUGUUUUAUUAUGGCCCAGUUGUUUUGCGAGGCAUCAUUCCGGAUAGAUAUGUCAAGCACUUUUGCCUUUUAAGUUGUUCAUUGUAUAUUCUUUAUCAGGCAGAAAUCUCACGCUAUGACCUACCCAUCGUGCAUGAGUAUUUACAAGAAUUUGUCCGCCUGUAUGAGGUGUAUUAUGGCUUAGUAAAUAUGACCUCUAACGUUCAUUCAACCACCCACCUUAAAAGUUGCGUCAUAUGGGGCGGUCCUCUGUGGGCUCAUACCACUUUUCAAUUUUAAACAGUCAAUGGAGUAAUCAUUAAUCUUGUACAUGGAACCACAGGGAUUCCACAAGAGAUAGCUCGUAGGUUCAUUACUUUUACCAAACUUCCCAAAACUAUUUCCCUCCAUCCGCCACUCAGUGACGUUGUAAUCUCAUAUUGUAAAUUUGUUUUGUCAUCGGGCUGUCCUAAUUAUAAGAAGUCUACCUCGCUUAAUGAUGCGACUAUUAUUGGUGAUAGUUGGAGAGAAAAGUUUAUUCCUACUGCUGAAGAGAGGGAAGUAAUUUCUGCAAAAUUUGAGGAAUUAGAUCUUGAAAAUUUAUACAUUAUUCAAAAAAUUAAGUACCAUAGAUCUCUCCUCACAGCUGGCUCAACAGGGAAAUACAGGAAUGAUACUGUAAUAAAGUUAAAUAAUAAUAAUUAUGCCAAAAUUUGUAAAAUAUUCUUUUCUGCUACCAAUGUAAAUCAUGUAUAUAUGUUAAUAACUGAAAUUAAUUUAAAUGAUACCACAGGAAACUCCUUCAGUUCAAAAUUCCAUAUAAAAACGUGUGAACCCUAUGCUUAUGACGAUCUGUCAAUUUGUAAUUUAUCAGAUGUUCAUAAGAAAUCCAUCUUCAUUUGUUUCAACGAGAUAGAUAAGUACGUCUCCGAUUUUCCCAACCGAUACGAGAAAGACUAAGAAUAGCUCUAGAAUGCCCCAUAGUAAUAGCUCUAGAAUUAAAGUCUCUAGUCUGAAGUCAAAAUUUAAGUAUAAUGUAUGUAAAAUGUAAAUGAAUUUUUUUUUUAAUAUUUUGUAUUACACAUCAAAAUGUGUUUAAAGUGUGCCUUAUUUAUUUUGUGCGUUUAGGUAUGUUUUUCCUCACUUGUGUGUGUCACUUAGUUUUAAAGUAUGAAUUAAUUGAUAUUUAUUUAAAAUUUUCCUUUAAGCUUGAGGAUUUUUAUACUUGUGUAAUUAACCUGUGAUAUACCUUGUGAUAAUAUUUACGUACCUAAUUAAUAAGAUUUUAAGAAAUGAAAAAUAAAAAUUUGAAUUAAGUAGCC